AUGCACAUGCAGAAGUAUGGUCGACGAUGUCGGUUCUCGUACGCAGACUGCAUGUGCUGCGUAUGGGCCGACAAGGAGAUCCAGGAGUCUUACGCGGAGCUCUUUUAUGGAGCAGGGCGCAGCAAAAGUUCGGUGGCGCCAGCGGAGCAGGCAGAUGCCCAAGGCGUGGACAAAUCGACGAUGGUGCAGGCGAUGUCGGAAGAAGAUUCCUCCUCACCACGACGAGGUGAGAAGUCACCGGCCUUCUCUGCCCCCAGAUCCAAAUCCAAGUCAGGAAACUUUGCGGAUCACAUCUUUGGCAUGAUCCCGGACACUGACGACAAAGCACUUCCCUCGACUCACGGUUGCUGUCGCAACCGCCUCCGGUGGCUCAUACAGAAUCAAUGGUUUGACUUCCUGAUCAUGGGCAUGAUCCUCAUCCACACGCUCUCCAUCGGUGCUCAGAUCAAUCACCUAGCCGCCACUGAGAGGACGGAUGGCGGCAGGUUCUGGCGGUCGGUCGACUUCUUCUUCUGUGUUUUCUUUGCCAUUGAGGUCGCCAUGAAGGUGUAUGUCUACCGGAUGCGCUUCUUUACCAUGCGUGCCUGCGCGUGGAACAUAAUCGACCUCGUGCUCGCGAUUCUGCAAAUCGUGGAAGAAGUGAUGGCACUUGUUGCCAGCGCCACGGAGGAGCCCUACCAAAAUACAAGCGUGAUGCGUGCGGUUCGCAUGAUGCGCGGGGUGAAGGUGCUUCGCCUAGUACGCGCUGUCCGAUAUGCUGGAGACCUUCAGCUCAUUGUCAGCUGCUUGAUUCUGUCUCUGCGCACCUUCCUUUGGAGUGUCCUCCUCCUGGUGAUGACCAUCUACGUGAUGGCGAUCUACAUAACUCAAGCUUGCAAUCUUCGACGAUUUGAGAACCCAGAUGCGGCUGGCAACGACCUGCUGAAGAAAUGGUGGGGGGACAUCUUCACCAGCAUGCUGUCCGUCUUUCAGGCCCUCAGUGGAGGAGUUGACUGGAACGAUGUUCUUCAGCCCAUACGAGCGUACGUCUCAUCUGCUCUGGCAGUGUUCUUGGUGGUGUACCUGGCGUUCUGCUACUUGGCGCUCCUGAACGUCAUCACGGGGACCUUCGUGGAAACAGUCGGCCGCCAGGCAAACGACCUCAAGGUACGCACGCAGAUCCUCCAGGCAAGGCGGCUUUUUCAGCAGAUCGACGUGGACCACUCCGGCUUUAUCUCUUUGGCAGAGAUCCAGAACCAGACAGCUACAGAUGCGGUUAUCGACUUCUUCGAGUCGGUUGACGUCGACCCCUCCGAGGCACAGUACUUGCUGGAGGUUCUGGACAUGGACGGCAGUGGCACCAUCAAUUUCGAAGAGUUCCUGCGCGGGACCUUGAGGUUGAAUGGUUCUGCCCGUGCAGCAGACUUGCUCCUGGUGGCACGGGAAAUGAAACGGUUCUUCGUACACACGACGGCCGAGAUGGAGCUGAUCAGGACUCAGCUGGCCGCGGGUGGAGGUGGAGUGCGUGCCGCAAGCUCUCAAUGA